AUGUCACCAUCACGAGCGGAAGACAUGGAAGACGACGACCCUGUCAUCGCCGAAUACAACGUCUUCAUCACACCACGCCAACUCGAGCAAAUCUACCUCUUGCAAUACCCCAACCGCAACCGCAGUCAAGCCUACAAUGACCGCAAUGGCGCACGCCCCACGGACUUUCGACUCAAACCCCAAGCCGGAUUCAUGGAAAUGGAUAUCGGCAUGAACCCCAGUGCAAACUUCAACAAAUUUCAAAGUCUGGUCUGGGGCGAGGCGAUUAGAAAGUCCAAGGUCAAUGGUGGGAGUGCGACGUUUGGUGCUGCUGCGGGAUUUGCGCCGACGAAAGGUGGCAAGGGGAGGGGUAAGCAGGAGAACGGGGAGAUGAGUGUUGAUCAGGGAUUGGCGAGGUUCCAGGAUGCUGUCAACAGGGACGCGGUCUUUCAGAAGCAGACGCUGGGAGGGCAGAUCUUGCAGGAUGAGGCAGGUAACCCUAACUACAUGUUGGGCGCUUUCCGUGGUGAUGAACUCCACCUCACCCGCGUCGACGGCGUCGUCCAAAUGCGCCCCCAAUUCCACCACGUGGACGCAAUAACCCACGCCGAAACCGCCGCCCGCCGCGCCGAAGCAGCAGAAGGAAACCCGUCGACCUCCAAUCCCUCCAACACCGCCACAGCAGCAAAACAACCCCAAGCCCUCGCACUCGCCCAAACCUACAAAGACAACCGCGAUGUCGAAAAUCUAGAAGCCCUGCGCGCCAAAAAUCUCCUCUUGAUAGCGGCAGAGGAAAAGUGGACGCGACUGGAGUAUUUCGAUGAGGAUGAGGAGGCGAGUUAUUCGACUUAUCAUUCCCGACUUUUCCAUGCCGAUACGCAGGCUGCUAUGGAGUUGAAGAGUCAGAUGAAGAAUGAGGAUUAUCUAGACGCCAUCUCGGCGCCACGAGUGGAUCCAUCAGGAAGAAAGAAGAAGAGGCCACUGACCAAGAAGCAGAUGGAGAGAAUCGAGGCCGCAGAGGAUGACGUGGAAGUUGCUGGAGAAAUGGGUGGAGAGAUUGAGGUUGAGAUGAGCUAG